AUGGCUACCAACGGACACUCUGCGAACAAGUUCCUCAUCUGGGGUGGCGAGGGCUGGGUUGCGAACCACCUCAAGGUCCUUCUUGAGGGACAGGGCAAGGAGGUCUACACCACCACCGUCCGCAUGGAGAACCGUGAGGGCGUCCUCGCCGAGCUCGAGAAGGUCAAGCCUACCCACGUUCUCAACUGCGCCGGCUGCACUGGUCGCCCCAAUGUCGACUGGUGCGAGGACAACAAGGAGGCUACGAUGCGAUCCAACGUUAUCGGCACCCUGAACCUCACCGAUGCCUGCUUCCUCAAGGGCAUCCACUGCACCGUCUUCGCCACCGGCUGCAUCUACCAGUACGACGACGCCCACCCCAUUGGCGGUGCUGGCUACCUCGAGACCGACCCUGCCAACUUCAAGGGCAGCUUCUACUCGGACACCAAGGGUCACGUCGAGGAGAUCAUGAAGCACUACAAGAACUGCCUCAUCCUCCGCCUGCGCAUGCCCGUCAGCGACGACCUCCACUCCCGCAACUUUGUUACCAAGAUUGCCAAGUACGACCGUGUCGUUGAUAUCCCCAACUCCAACACCAUUCUCACCGAUCUCCUCCCGGCUUCCAUCCUCAUGGCCGAGCACAAGGACACUGGCAUCUACAACUUCACCAACCCCGGUGCCAUUUCUCACAACGAGGUGCUCUCCCUCUUCAAGGAGAUUGUCCGUCCCGAUUUCACAUGGAAGAACUUCUCGCUCGAGGAGCAGGCCAAGGUCAUCAAGGCCGGCCGCAGCAACUGCAAGCUCGACACCACCAAGUUGGAGAAGAAGCUCAAGGAGUACAACUACACGGUGCCCGAGGUUCACGACGCCUACAGGGGAUGCUUCGAGCGCAUGAAGGCCAACGGUGUCGUGUAA